CCACCGGAAGCGUGCACGUGGCGCCCGCAGGUCCGACCCGCCGCAUCGUCGCCAGUCCUUUGUCAGAGUGUGCCCCCGCUGCCCGUCCGACGCCCGCGCCGCCCUGCCACAGGUGGAACAGCGCCCCAGCCCCGGGAGCAGCGCGCCCCUCGCAGCCAGCGGCGACCCUCCCCUGGCGGAGAGUGCAGGAGACAUAGCGGAGGUGGCGGCGACCGCGACCGCCAGCAUUGAGUCCCGGCGGCCGCCGCCUUCCUCCGGCCACACGGGCGCCUCCACACCGCCCCUGGAGGCCUUGGAGGCCGCCCGCAACACCGCCACCACGCCUCUGGACGCGCCCGCCCGCGACAGCCCGCCCCUGCUGAGCCAGGACCCCGCCCGCGACACUCACGUCCCCGGCAGCGGCGGCGGCGGCGACCGCGGCUGGACGCGCUGGUGGGAGAGCGGCGGUCAGCACCCCGUGGCCGAGGUCACCAAGAUGGAGGUCACGAGGCCAGAGGACAAGCUGUGCGCCGCGCCCGACCGGCCCGCCUCGCCCGCGGAGGCCAAGCUCAAGCCCACGCCCGCGCUGCGACACCACGACGGAGCUGACGACUACGUGCGUUCUCCGCGAGACUCCGGCAGCAGCUCCGGCAGCAGCCCAGGGGGGUCGCCGCCCCCCCGCUCCCCCUCAGCGUCACCCCCCGUCGCCCACGCCCCCAUGAUCACGCCCGCGCCCUUCCCGCCGCCCUCGCUGGCCAUGCAUCAUCAUCAGAUGAGCGGCGGUCUCCUAGGGGGGCGGCUCUCCCCUCUCGGCGGCGGGGGGCGGUGCGCCACCAGCCUCCCCAGCGGCGUGUGCGUCUCCUCCAGCGGCAUGGGCGCCAGCAUGGGCGGGUCCACCAUGGCUACCGUCAGUGUUGGCAGCGUGGGUGUGGGAAGCAUGGGCGUGGGAGGUGGGCGGCGCGUGUCUCCGGGCCUCCAGUGCCUCGUGUGCGGCGACACUUCGUCAGGAAAGCACUACGGGAUCCUGGCCUGCAACGGCUGCUCGGGCUUCUUCAAGAGGUCGGUCCGGCGGAAGCUCAUCUACAGGUGCCAAGCAGGAACGGGUGCCUGCGUGGUAGACAAGGCACACAGGAACCAGUGCCAGGCCUGCAGACUCAAGAAGUGCCUGCAGAUGGGCAUGAACAAGGAUGCGGUUCAGAACGAGAGACAGCCCAGGAACACGGCCACCAUAAGACCAGAAGCCUUCGCCGAAAUGGACCAGGAGAGGCUCUUGCGGGAGGCUGCCGUGGCCGUGGGAGUCUUCACUAGGCCUCCGCUGCCGCUCCCGGGCCUCGUCUCCGCCGCCAUGGGGGGCUCCAGGGGGUUCCUCUCUCCCCCCUCCAUCACCACCUCCCCCUUCACCACCACGCACGCCCAUCACGCCCUCGCCUCCAUCACGUCAGCGCCAGCGGCAGCAGCGGCGGCGGCGGCGGCCGGCGUCACGCAUCCCCCACCUCCUCCGCCUCCUUCGUCCUCCACCUCCUCCUCCUCCUCCGGCAACUCCUCCUCCUCGUCGUCCUCCAGCAACAACAACAACAACAACAACCCGGCGACCAUCAACCACAUGUCGGGGGCGACCAACGGCGGCGCCCUCGUGGCCGGCCUGCGACCGCUCUCGCCCACCAAGGAGGAACACGACCAUGGCGUCCGCAGCGUCGACUCCCCCGUGGACGUGACGGGGGGCGGGGCGGGGAGCGAGGACCCCCCGGGCACCGUGGCCCCGCACCUGCCGCCGCCCGUCUCCUCCUGCUCCUCCUCCUCCUCCUCCUCCGGCGCCUCCUACGUAGAACCCACGCCCCUGUGGGAUCCCCUGCAGGAGUCCGUGCAGGAGACCGCGGCCAGACUGCUCUUCAUGGCGGUCAAGUGGGCGAAGAACCUGCCGUCGUUCAGCAGUUUGCCCUUCAGAGACCAGGUCGUUCUCCUAGAGGAGGUGUGGUCAGAGCUCUUUGUCCUGAACGCAGUCCAGUGGUCUCUGCCGCUGCCCACGUGCCCCCUUCUCUCGCCCUCCGCCCACGCCCACGCCCUUGCCCACGCCCACAAAGCAGCCCAGGCCGCCCACGACAUCAGACAGCUCUCUGAAGUGGCGGGAGCUUUCAGGGACUUGGCUGUCGACCCUGCGGAGUUCGCUUACCUGAAAGCCAUCGUCCUCUUCAGACCGGUCCGUGGCCUGAAGGACGCGGCGCAGGUGGAGUCGCUGCAGGACCAAGCUCAGGUGAUGCUCAACCAGCACGUGAGGGCGCACUACCCCGCCCGCCCUGCUCGCUUCGGCCGCCUGCUCCUCCUGCUGGCGACGCUCAGAUCACCGCCCCCCCCUCGGGUGCAGGCGCUCUUCUUCACGGCCACGAUCGGCAACACGCCCAUGGAGAAGAUUCUUUGCGACAUGUACAAGAGUUGAGGCUGUUGGGGCGU